GAGAGCUUCCUUGCCUGCCCAGCCACCGUGGCUUUUCUUCUGUGUCGCUACUAGUUAGCCACAAGACGCUAAACGCUGCUGCAGGCUUAUCCCAGUGAGUGAAAUUGGAACUAAUGAAAACCAAGUAACAGUCGCGGGUGGUCUAGUCACAACUGUCCUGGUGGUGAGGAGGAUGAUGAUGGGAGUUGGCUACUACAGCCAAAGGUGCAGCCCCCCACGUUAGUAUCAGUCUACAACCCCUGGUCCCCCUUUGAGCCCUGGUCCUACCUGUCCCCACCAUGGCCAACCACCUGGAGCUUUUGAAUGAACUGCAGCAGCUGGAUAAGGUGCCUAGCCUGGAGAGACUAAGGGCCGCCCAGAAGCGCCGCACGCAGCAGCUGAAGAGAUGGGCAGUAUAUGAGAAGGAGAUGCAGAACAAGAAGCGCAAGGCGGACAAGAGGAGGAACACCAAUCAUGCCGCAGCCAUGGAGGCCAAACGACAUGUAUCGUUUGCAGCUAAUGUGGCGCUAUUAGAGGCCUCGGCACGGAACGACCCUGACGAAGUACGCUACCUGCUGAAGAACAAUGUCAGUCCAGACUUGUGCAACGAGGAUGGACUCACUGCCCUACACCAGUGCUGUAUUGAUAACUAUGAGGAGAUGGUAAAGAUCCUGUUGAAUCGUAGUGCCAGUGUAAACGCCCAGGACAAUGAACUUUGGACCCCGCUACAUGCUGCUGCCACCUGUGGACAUGCAGGACUGGUCAAGGUCCUCAUACAACAUGGAGCAGACCUGUUAGCUGUGAACUCUGAUGGCAACAUGCCCUAUGACCUGUGUGAAGAUGACCCUACCCUGGACAUCAUCGAGACCGCAAUGGCCAAUCGAGGCAUCACCCAGGAGAUGAUCAACGAGACCCGGGCAUCUGUAGAGAGGAGAAUGAUGGGAGAUAUCCAGGAGCUGCUGACUGCGGGAGAGGACGUCAACCGCCACGACUCACAAGGAGCUACUCUGCUUCACAUUGCAGCAGCUAAUGGCUACGUCCAGGGUGCAGAGCUGCUGCUGGAGGGAGGGGCCAGGAUGGACCUGAGAGACACUGACGGAUGGCAGCCGCUCCACGCCGCAGCCUGCUGGGGUCAGAUGCAUGUAGCAGAGCUGUUGGUUUCUCAUGGUGCCAGUCUCAAUGCCAAGACCUACCUAGAGGAGACACCCAUUGACCUGUGCGAGGACGAGGAGUUCCGUGCCAUCCUGCUGGACCUGAAACACAAACAUGAUAUUAUCAUGAAGUCUCAGCUCAAACACAAGACCUCCCUGUGUAGGAGGACGUCCAGCGCAGGCAGCCGUGGGAAAGUGGUGCGGCGGGCCAGCCUGUCUGACAGACACAACCUUCGUGUGAAGGAAUACGAGACCGAGGCCAUCGUGUGGAGAGGUGGGAGGGAAGGAGGGAGGGAGGAGCAGGAGAAAGAGAAGGAGUCAGACCAGGAGAACAGCCAUCUGAUCAAUACGACUGUUACUAUGGUGAUUCCAGUGAAGCCAGCAGCGGAGAGGCCCAAGCUCCAGAAAAUCCUUAAAGAUCCUAAUGGCAUCAUCAAACAAAACGGCAUCAUCUCCACGACGACGUCUACUCCCGCUCCCAGUCAGUCGCCGGCCACCAAUGGUGAGGCUCCAUCCCCUGACACGAAGAGUAUGACGUCCAUUCCGCUGCCCGAGGACUCUUCCUCCUUGCCCAGGGAGCGUGCUCAGACACUAUCAGAACUGAAAAAGCAGAGGUCGGCCGCCAAGCUGCUCAACCACCCUCUCCUCAACGGUCACCUUGGAAACGGCUCCACAGAAACCACCGAGCCCCAGAGCCCUGUGGACUCCCGCAUGCCGCUGGUCUCCUCCAAUGGCAGCGCAGUUUACUACACCCCGGCCAGCGGGGACCCACCCAUCCUCAAACUGAAACAGCCAAUAGAUGAUGAGGAACUAAAGGGGCACAGCUGCUGCUGUGUCUCCUAGGGAGGGGUGGAGGUCACCCCAAGACACUGAUUUAAGGUCAGGUUUACUAUGUUCUCCUCCAAUGCAUUAAGGUUAGGGUUCGAGGAGGGUAAACUGAUCGUAGAUCUGUGUCAAAGGGUAACUUCUUCCCGGAUAGUGUGUACCAGAGCAGGAUGGUCAUGUGACUGAAGCAGGAAGAGAUUGCACAGCGGGACACCAAAAUGCAGAGCCAAGGUCCAAGAAUGCAAUAGGAGUGGAGCUGGUUCAGCCAGGUGAUUGGUUACCUGCCCCUACUCCCUAAUUUUCCUACCCACUGCUGUUUCAACUCCUGGCCACACCAGUAUGGAGGAUAGGAUAACCUUAGAGAAAUCGAGUAAAAGGUGACUUGGGGAAGAGCCAAACGGUGAUCGCUUGUGGUCGAUUGACAGGGCAGGUAUGUGGUGGACACUGUUGAACUCCCUAUGGAGUGGGUGGCUGAGAUGGUCCAUAGACCAUAAGAGUAUGGAGGAUUCCCCUACCCCCAUGCCACUGUGGUAGAUUGUGGUUGAUGUAGAGGGCAAGGAAGUGGAAUGAGAUGGCCCUUAUCCCCUAUGAGGAGAGAACUCUGGUGCCCUAUAAAGGGAUGGAUGCCUGGGCAGCGUGCUCUCCCAUGUUAAGCGUAUGUGGUGUCUUACUUUGGACUGAAUCACUGUUUUCAAACCACAUUCUUACUUUAUCCACUGUUUCUGAAACUUGUUUGAGGAAAAAAUACUCCAACAUAUCAGAAUACACUCUCUGUGUUAUUACUGAAACAAAGAGGGAUACUCUUUCUUAAGACGUAUUCUUGUUCAAAUGCUGACUAUUUCAGAAAAGGGAAGGAAUGGUUUAUACCUGGGUGGCAGGUAGCCUAGCGGCUAGCGCGUUGGACCAGUAACUGAAAGGCUUCUGGUUUGAAUCCCCGAGCCAACAAGGUGAAAAAAAUCUCUCGAUGUGCCCUUGAGCAAAGCACUUAACCCUAAUUGCCCCUGUAAGUUGCUCUGGAUAAAAGCGUCUUCUACAUGACUAAAAUGUAAAUAACAAAACAGAACAGUAUUACAGUCAACGAUCUAUCUGCUCCUGUGAAGAAGGAGGAUUGGAGCACUGCACUAUAGACAUUUGAAACAAUGCAGCAUUAAACUCAUCAUCCGUCCAGAUCCGAACUUGCAUCGAUAAAGGUGGUAAAAAGGUGUUUGAUAUGCCCAUGUCUUUUUGACAGUGCAUUAGGAAAGUAUUCAGACCCCUUGACUUUUUCCACAUUUGGUUACGUUACGGACUUAUUAUAAAAUGUAUUAAGUAAAUGAAAAAUCCU